GUACGAGCGCCAGUACGUCCCUGCAGACUAGCGACUGCCGCAAACUGGAGUCCGAUAUCGAAGUGCCGCUACAUCCGUAAGUUGUACGCGCGCGUAUAUAAGCCCAGUGGCGAGCCCUGCCCGUAUCUGGACGCGCACUGAAGUCGCCAUGAAGCACGACGAAACCCAAGUUGGAACACAUGCAGAUAGGUAUACGGCCAAGGAGCCCGCACUGGAGAUUGCCAGCAUCAAUGCAGUAUGCAUCGGCUCUGUUGCGCAGCAUCCAGACUCGCAGGAACUUACGCCUGUCAGCCUAAUGAUCUCAGACGCGGACGCAGGACCCUGCACGACGAGUAACGCUUUCGUCGCAGGUCCGCAUGCCCCAAGCGAUCUUGAUAGAUAUCUGGUGCCGCUCUCGUGCGAGCUAUGCGUGCGAGAUGCAGAGGGAAGACGUAUCAUCCCGCUCUCAAUCUCUCUGAUUGCAGACGUGCCGCAGCUCUCGCAGAUUGGCGGUGAUUUGAAAGGGUCCAAUUAACAAUGGAGUAGAGCUAUUGUACCUCAUAGUGCACAAUCCAAGUGACUGAUGAUUUGUACAA